AUGGAACUAUUAUUGGAAGCUUACCAAGCAGGAAAUAUAGAUGGUUCGUAUGCAGCGAUUCGAGAGAAUGCUAAUAUUUCGGCUCAAAUUGAUGGUGUGCCAUGUGUGGAUACUCCAUUGCAUGCAGCUACAACUGCAGGACAUAUCCAAUAUGCCAUGGAGAUUAUGAGACUAAUGCCAUCAUUUGCUACAAAAUCAAACCAUGAUGGGUUCUGCUCCAUCCACCUUGGAUUGCGCAGUAGGCAUAUUCAACUGGUGCUUUGGUUGGUAGAAAAGGAUAGUGACCUUGUUCAUCUCGAAGGAAGGGAAACCAUUACUCCUUUGCAUUAUGUAGCUGAUCAUGAGCAAGGAAAUCUUGAUCCCUUGGCCAGAACGGAUCAAAAGUUGAAGAUGGCUUCUAAAGUGGGGGAAAUUCAAGGCUUGUAUUCAAUUAUAAAAGAGGAUCAAUAUAUUCUAGAGCGCAUUGAUCAAUUGCCAUUUGCAGAUACACCUUUGCACAUAGCUGCAUCCAAAGGGCAUACACAGUUUGCUUUGGAGAUCAUGAGGUUGAAACCAUUGUUAGCUAAGAAGCUAAUCCAAGAUGGGUUUAGCCCUAUGCACUUGGCCCUUCAGAACCAGAGUUUCCAAACUGCUCUGCGGCUUGCAGAUGUGAAUGAACAACUUGUUUGCCUUAAAGGAAGAAUGGCAUUAUUGAUAGCUUGCCCCAAAGCUAUUUAUUUUGUCGCUGAACAUGAAGAAACUGGCCUGCAUAUUGCAGCGAAAAAUGAUAAGGUGGAAGCUCUGAAGCUGGUAUUUGGAUGGCUUGAUCAGUAUGGAAAGAAUAAGUUCUUUAAGCUGUUGAUUUCUUACUUCUCACCUUUUCUCGAAAUGGAACGGUUAAUGGAAGCUAGCCGAGCAGGAAAUAUUGAUGGUUUGUAUGCAGCGAUUCGAGAGAACGCUAAUAUUUUGGCUCAAAUUGAUGCUGUGCCAUUUGUGGAUACUCCAUUACACGCAGCUGCAUCUGCAGGACAUAUCCAAUAUGCCAUGGAGAUUAUGAGACUAAUGCCAUCAUUUGCUACAAAAUCAGACCAAGAUGGGUUCUGCCCCAUCCACCUUGCAUUGCGUAGCGGGCAUAUUCAACUGGUGAUUCGGCUGGUAGAAAGGGAUACGGACCUUGUCCGUCUCAAAGGAAGGGAAGCCAUAACUCCUUUGCAUUAUGUAGCUGAGCAAGGAAAUCUUGAUCUCUUGGCCAGGUUUUUAUUAGUUUGCCCAAAAUCAAUUGAAGAUGUGACGAUACGGAACGAGACUGUUCUGCAUAUUGCUCUCAGAAACAAUAUGUUUGAAGCUUUUGAGUUCCUGGUUGGUAGGCUUCACUGGGACUGCCAUGAAGAGGGCCGUUACUGGGAGAAAAGGAUCCUCAACUGGAAGGAUGAGACAGGCAACACCGUAUUGCAUAUUGUAACUUCUAAAAAUCAACCCCAGGCAAGUUCAGCUAUUAUUGUUCUUAUAUUCAUCCUUUUAUAUGGUCCUGCUUAUAAAGUUGUUUACAAUCCGAUGGACUUGCUUGCAAAUUUCUUACAUUUUGAUAGAAUUUGCUCCAAGACUAGAGCUUGCAUGCAGCUUGUGAAAUUGUUAAUAAGCUGCAGUGUUGAUAUAAAUGAGAAGAAUGUUGAAGGUUGGACACCUUUGGACUAUAUACAAGAUGAAAGCCAAGCUGAGAUUAGGGAUUUGCUAUGCAGUGCUGGAGCAGUCGGAGCUUCUUUACUCCCUAUCAUUGAUAAUUCAGCCCCUUUCCUUAGAACGGAUCAGAAGUUGAAGAUGGCUGCCGAAGUGGGAGAUAUUCAAGGCUUGUAUUCAAUUAUAAAGGAGGACCAAUAUCUUCUAGAGCGCAUUGAUCAGUUGCCAUUUACGGAUACUCCUUUGCACGUAGCUGCAUCCAAAGGGCAUACGCAGUUUGCUUUGGAGAUCAUGAGGUUGAAACCAUCAUUUGCUGAGAAGCUAAAUCAAGAUGGGUUUAGCCCUAUGCACCUGGCCCUUCAAAACCAGAGUUUCCAAACUGCUCUGCGGCUUGCAGAUGUGAAUGGACGACUUGUUUGUCUUAAAGGAAGAAUGGGCAUAACUCCACUACAUUUUGCAGCAGAAAAAGAGGAACUUGAACUUCUGGCGGCAUUAUUGAUAGCUUGUCCCAAAUCUAUUGAUGUUGUCACUGAACAUAAAGAAACUGCCCUGCAUAUUGCCGCGAAAAAUGAUAAGGUGGAAGCUGUGAAACUCCUACUUGGAUGGCUUGAACAUAACGGAAAGAAUAUGGUGCUGAAUUGGAGUGAUGAUGAAGGCAACACGGUAUUGCAUAUUGCCAGUCGUAGGAAUCAAAUUGAGGUGGUCAGGCUCUUAAUUGGUGAUGUUAGAUGUUUUCCCUCAUUCCUUAUUAUUCGUGAAAUUUUAUCUAAUUUCUUCCCCUUUAUCUGUGGAAUAGAAGUUGAUUUGAAAAUUAAAAACUCGGAAGGAUUAACAGCUGUGGAUAUUUUACAAGAAGAGGGCCAACUGGACAUUGGGUUAUUUGAAGCUACGCGAGCACUAGCUAAAUUCAACGGACUUUCAGAUGGACCUGAUGCAACUGGUGUUGUGGAUUAUUUAAGGAGAGAGAUUUUGAGUUGUAGGAAAUGGUAUAUAGGUGUUUAUCGUGACAAUGUACUAAUGCCAGAUGGAAAUCGAAAUGCCGUACUUGUGGUUGCUGUAUUGAUUACAACUGCCACAUACCAAGCUGUUCUCAGCCCCCCUGGUGGACUUUGGCAGGCGGAUCCUACUUUAAUUUCCUCCGACAGCUCUCACAUUAAUGCCACUGCAAAUAGCACCAACAUCCACAAACUUGAACCUAUGCCCGGCACUUCUGUUUUGGAGUGCAACGACUGGACAGGUUUUUCGAUACUAAACAGUUGGGCUUUUUAUACUGCGAUACUAAAGAUAAAUAACAUCUUCCCUGGCGGCCCUUAUUCGAUUCUACCUCUCACAUUACCAUUAGUCCUUUGCUAUACUUUGUCAAUGAUUUUCACCUCGCCGUGUGGGGUUGGAAAUUUAUUAUGGUUAAUUGCUCCCGCGACGAGUGUAGUCUAUUUCAAGUGUAUAUUUGAGGGUGGCUUGAUUCGUAGAAAGCUAACUACAGUCAAGCGGCUCCUGUUAAACACUCAGCACCAGACCAUGCAGAAUGAAACAUGACUCAAGUGUCAACUCCUGAAAGUCUGUAUCUUGUUAGAUCCCAAGUUCAUAAGGAUGUGCAAGUGUUAGGAAGAAAAGAAACCAAGAGAAAGAGAGAAGAAACAGAGGAUUUGACAGAAGAGAAAGAGAGAUUAGGAAGGCGAUUAUUAUUUUUUAAGGUAGAAAAAGAAAGAAGAAUCUUGACUGUAUUCAAUUGCAUAAAAUCUAGGGAUAAAUUACAACCAUGGUACCUGAACUUAAGGUGUAUAAUAAAAAAGUACCUCAAUUUUAAUUUGUUACAAAAA